AUGCGGAGCUCCAUCGCCUCCUCGGCUGCGCUGUUGGCCGGCGCGCUCCUGUGCCUGCUGGCGUCGCCGGCGCUGGCGGCGGCGGCGGCGAGGUCGACGGGGAGGACAACGCUCAGCGUCCUGUCGUUCGGAGCCGCGGCGGACGGCGUCACCGAUGACGCGGAGGCACUUGUAGCAGCAUGGCAAGUGGCAUGCCGAGUCCCACGCGCCACAGUGCUACUCCCGUCAGGGCACCGGUUCCUCCUCUCGCCGGUCACGCUCCAAGGCCCCUGCAGCACAAAACUCACCCUUCAGAUCGAUGGCACCGUGUUAGCGCCACCAGAAAUGGGCUCCUGGCCGAAGCCCAGGAGGCCUCUCCAGUGGCUCAACUUCAAGUGGCUGCAAGACUUCAGCAUCCUGGGAGCCGGCACGGUCGAUGGCCAGAGCGUCACCUCGCUGCAGAGUGCCUCAUCACCAGCGAAUAAUACUUCUCAGACAUCUACCGAGCACUGGCAUUCACCAGGAAUCAAGCCUACGCUAAUAAGGUUUUACAACAGUUUCAAUGUCACCGUGCGCAACAUCCGGAUCACCAACAGCCCACAGUGCCACCUUAAGUUCGACAGCUCCGGAGGCAUCAAGGCCAAGAACAUCACCAUCUCUUCUCCCGGAGACAGCUCCAACACCGACGGCAUCCAUCUUCAGAACACCAGGGACGUCGAGAUCAAGAGCUCAAGCAUCGGCUGCGGCGAUGACUGCGUGUCAAUACAAACCGGGUGCUCAAAUGUUCACAUGAAGAACGUAGUCUGCAAUCCCGGCCACGGAAUCAGUCUAGGAGGACUUGGGAAGGACUACAGCCUGGCCUGUGUCUCUGAUGUUGUUGCAGAGAACAUCAUUGUCCAGAACGCCUUGUACGGGGUCAGGAUCAAGACGUGGCAGGGUGGCGUGGGCUCGGUGCGGAACAUCACCUUCUCCAACGUCAGGGUGGCGAACGUGGCCACGCCCAUCGCCAUCGACCAGUUCUACUGCGACAGGGGCGGCGCGCGGUGCGCCAACCGCACCGGCGCGGUGGCCAUCACCGGCGUGGCGUACCGGCGCGUGGUCGGCACCUACUCGUUCCAGCCGGUGCGCCUGGCGUGCAGCGACGCCCGGCCCUGCACCGGCGUCAGCAUGGUGGAUGUGCGCCUGUCUCCUACGGCGACCGCGCCCGGGGCCGGGGGCACCGUAGCGCCGCUGUGCUGGAACUCCUACGGCGAGGCGCGGGGGACGAUCCAGCCGCUCAGCGUCGGGUGCCUGCAGAGGAGCAACGGAUACGCGAUGCCUCUCACCCAGCCUUUUAACUACACAUGCUGA